GGACGUUGUUGGCCAGCAUGGCUCUCCAGCUCGUUGCGAGGCUUCCCACAUGGCGCUCCCAUCUCGCCUUCCUCCACCUCCAAAGAUCCUGCAAACUUAGCACGCGAGUGAGGAUGGCGUCGCCGUCGUCGCCGGUCGACCCGUCGCUGGAGACGGAGGCCCCCCUCGCGGCCGUCACGAGGGAGCGGAGGCUCAACCCCGACCUGCAGGAGCAGCUUCACAAGCCAUAUCUCGCAAGGGCUCUCGCGGCGGUGGACCCGAGCCACCCGCAGGGGACCAAGGGGCGCGACCCCCGCGGCAUGAGCGUGCUUCAGCAGCACGCUGCCUUCUUCGACCGCGACGGCAAUGGGAUCAUCUACCCCUGGGAAACUUUUCAAGGCCUGCGAGCCAUAGGGUGUGGGUACCCUGUAUCCUUUGUUGGCUCUAUACUGAUCAACCUCGUCCUCAGUUUUCCCACUCAGCCGGGAUGGAUACCUUCCCCUUUGCUGUCCAUCCAUAUAAAGAACAUCCACAAGGGUAAGCACGGGAGUGAUUCUGAAGCCUAUGAUACUGAAGGGAGGUUUGAUCCAUCAAGAUUCGAUGCUAUAUUUAGCAAAUAUGGGCUAACUCAUCCAAAUGCUUUGACAAAAGACGAGUUGAUGUCGAUGCUUAAAGGAAACCGCGAUAUGUAUGAUUUCCUUGGCUGGGUCGCUGCCGCUGGUGAAUGGCUGUUGCUCUACAGCGUGGCAAAGGAUAAAGAUGGCCUGUUGCAACGAGAAACAGUUCGGGGCGCCUUUGACGGCAGUCUAUUUGAGCGACUGCAAGAUAAGAAGAAAUCCUCCUGAAUGCGCCGAAGAGUUCCAGCUCAACAAAGGGUUGGCAGUACAGCAUUAGCACUUUACCAUUGAGUUGUAUUCAAAACUUCAAAUAAGGAAUACUUCUGCAUUAUAGAAAACAAGAACUUGAAAUGUUCAAUCGUCAUACCUUGUGUAUAUUUGGGCUUCCUUUAUAGGUUGUAAAGACUGGUGACUCUGUAACAGGGGGUGAAUUAUGGUUUCUAAAAGCUAUUCGGCAUUAAAACAAUAAGAUAACCUAAUUACAUUUAUAUCUAAAUGUGCUCUAAAUUUAUUUAGUGUGUCUACUAUAUCGCAAUAAAGUUUUACAUCAUAGGUUUUAAUCCUAGUGAGAAACUAAGUUGAAAUGUGGCUUGGUUUAUUUGUAAUAAGUGAUUGACAUGGUUUUUAGUUUGGUUUGUUGUUU